GUCUUAUACUGUGUCCGGUAUGUAGAUGAAGGCGGGGCGUUGCUAAGGAAGGGCGAGGUUUGGUUGAACCAGGCUCGCAGCCGCACUGUACCGAGGCAGGCAGGCAGGUGAAGCGGGCGGUGUAGGAUUACUCUGGUCUGCGGGACGCUGCGGUUUUUUUUUUUAAAUUGACGCAUACGUUUGGAAUUUACACAUCCGGGUUUCGUGAUUUCGUCCGAGCCGGUUGGGAAUACGGACAGGCCGAAGUGUGCUUAUUUUGCUGAACAGGAGGAGGCUGAGUCAUGAAUAAGCUACGGCAGAGCUUCCGCCGCAAGAAAGACGUAUACGUGCCCGAGUCCAGCAGACCACAUCAGUGGCAGACUGACGAGGAGGCAGUGCGCAGUGGCAAGUGCAGUUUCCAAGUCAAGUAUCUAGGCCAUGUGGAGGUGGAGGAGUCUCGAGGAAUGCAUAUCUGUGAAGAUGCAGUGAAGAGGCUGAAGACAGACAGAAAGUUCUUCAAGGGCUUCUUUACCAAAGCAGGGAAGAAAGCAGUCAGGGCUGUGCUGUGGGUAUCUGCCGACGGCCUGAGAGUCGUUGAUGACAAGACAAAGGACCUGAUUCUCGACCAGACAAUAGAGAAGGUUUCAUUUUGCGCUCCUGACCGGAACUUUGAAAAAGCGUUCUCUUACAUCUGCAGAGACGGCACCACUCGCCGCUGGAUCUGCCACUGCUUUAUGGCUAUCAAAGAUUCAGGGGAGCGUCUGAGCCAUGCAGUGGGCUGUGCAUUCGCAGCAUGCCUGGAGCGGAAACAGAAGCGAGAGAAGGAAUGCGGGGUCACGGCCACUUUCGACGACAACCGCACCACGUUUACGCGGGAAGGCUCAUUCCGCGUUACCACAGCAACAGAACAGGCUGAGCGAGAAGAAGUCAUGCGGCAAUUACAAGAUGCCAAGAAAGACUCUGAGGCUGCCUCCGGGGGCACAGCAGGCAGCACAACUAAUUCAGCUGCUGCCUCCUCUCCCUCGUUCCCUCCUCAGCCUGUGGCCACACAGGCGAAUCAGGACGCCAAUCCUCAUGCGAUCCCACGCCGUCAUGCCCCUGUGGAUGUGCUAGCGCGCCAAGGCUCCUUCCGCGGCUUCCCGGCUCUCAGCCAGAAGACGUCGCCUUUCAAGCGGCAGAUGUCGCUGCGUAUGAAUGACCUGCCCUCCACCAUGCAGCGCAAAUCUGACUUCCCAAUCAAAAACACAGUGGCCGAGGUAGAAGGUGAAGGUGAAGGAGAUAGCAUCAGUGCUCUGUGCACUCAGAUCACAUCAGCAUUCAGUGGCCCCACAGAAGACCCCUUCUCCUUGGUUCCCAUGCCCAAACCUACCUCUUCUCCACAAUCCCCUGCUGCACAAGUGAACGGCUCUGCUCCCGCCUUUCCGGCUCCCCCUGUCAGUGCUGCUGCUGCCGUUGCUGUUAACCCUCCUGUGCUCCCACCGCCUUUGCCUGCCAGAGAUACUAACCCCUGGGCCAAGGUGCCCACUGCGCCCCCGGUUCCAGCAAAUCCAGGUGGUGACUGGCCCAGUCCUACCCCUGCUGCAAAGGCUCCACUUGCAGCAAAUGCUGUCUCCCAUAAGCGCACGCCAUCUGAAGCAGACCGCUGGUUAGAAGAGGUUUCCAAGUCUGUACGAGUGCAACCACCUGUAGCCAGAACCGCUACGCCUCCUAUUCAGCAGCCCUUUCCCACUCCCAUGCACGUCGCUGUGGCCCCUGUGGCCUUUAUACCUUCUAUGCCCUCUGCAGUGCCCACUCUACCCCCACACCAGCCUUCCUUCCAUGCUCAGGCACCAGCUUCUUUCCCAAUGUCCAAUGGGCUCCACUAUGCCCAGCCAAGUGUACCCGUAGUGGGUAUUACACCUUCUCAGAUGGUGGCCAACGUCUUUGGUUCUGCUACACAGACCCAGCCGGUACCGGUUCCUGUGCCCAUUCCUCAAACACAGUUGCAGCCUUCGCCGUUUUCUACUCCGCCUUUGGCUCAGUUGGAUCCCAGAGCAGUAAGUGGACCCUUCGGAAAGCCUCCUGCACCACCACCAGCAAAUCCCGCAGUGUUCCAUCCACCCAACGGAAACGCUACGUUAAAUGGCACUGAUAGUUGGGCUGCGCCCCCUCUGCCAGCGGGGCAUCAAACGGAUGCUUUUGAAGCCCAGUGGGCAGCGCUAGAGAACCGUUCACGCCAACGCACCAACCCCUCCCCUACAAAUCCAUUUUCCAGCGAGCUUCACAAGACUUUCGAGAUCCAACUGUAAACACACAAGUAUUAGGUUGGAGAGAGACCAAAACUAGCAUGAACACAUGAAGGAGAUGCGUAAAGGGUGGUGAGGACAUUCAACAAGAGGGCACCACUUUGACAUGCACACCACAUUAGCCCCAUAUCUAUCUCUCUGUCUUGUUCCCUUGCUGUCUGUCAGAAUGUCUGUAGUGCUAACUGAGCUGGGCAGAGGACAAAGGAGUAGGAAAUGGAGCUACUUCAGUGCAGUUUGGAGUCUACGGGGGGAAUCGGUGUUGCUCAGCUUCCGUUUUCUUUGUUUCUUGUGUGGUUAUAUUCAUAUUCCUGGUGGAUUUGGUAAAGAGGCAAAAUUAACUUCUGCCUCUGGGCCUUAAUAAACAGACGGACAUUUGUAUCCCCAUCAUACAAUUCUGCGUCAUUAUCUCCAUCCUGUCUCUGUGCUCCAACAGUCCCAGUCUCCUCUAACCACAGGGACAAACAACUACUCCUCCCAUCACAGCAACAAAAGGACUAUGCUUCCAGAUUUGAGAGGUUUUCCAAAACUUCCUAAUCAGAAGACUGAGAAAUGAGAGAAUGCCAAAAUCUUUAUUUUUUAUGCAUUAGGUAUAUUUUAAAUAUAUUUGAAAUAUAAAAGAGGAGUUGUCUGUAAUCUUACCGAAGGUGCGGGCUGGAUACAGUGGAAAUGAUUUUGUGUGUGUAUAUGGCAAACGGGCAUUUAUUAUAUAGAAAUAGCUAUAGAAAUGGGAAAAUAUAUAUAUUAAUUAUGCAUAACUGAGCUCAAACCAUAACUUUUACAUGCUCUUUAAAGAGAGAAGGGAUGGAUAUUUGAUUUUAUUUUUUAUUAUUGAGAUGUAUAGCAUCCAGUUUUGGAUGUCUUUUCCUCUGUAAAUAAGGAAUCAUUGCAGCUACAAUCAUUUUGGCCUCAGUGAUGGGAUGGGGGAUUUGCCAUUGCUUUCACAUUUGCUGUACUUUUUUGUUUUGUACUGCAGUACUGUACUUUUCUUUUCUUUUGUUUUACCCACUGCCUAUAUCUUGAAGAAUGUUUUAGGGCUUUGGGGGACUUUUAAGAUAAAUUCUAACACUAUCGACGGUCAUUGUCAGCCACUUGUUUUUAUUUUUUUUUUAAUGAAGAUGUUUUGUUUUUUAUUGCACAAGCACUAUACUGGGUGAUUGGGUUAUUCGGAUGAAAUGGGUCAAUUAGAUGCAUUGCAGAAACCUGAGAGUUAGUGAAUAUCUUCCUCAAUUGACCUGUGAUUUUAAUUAUUGGUUGCAGUGAGGUAGUUGAGAGAGAACUUUUUUUUUUUUCAGUUUUUUUAAAUAAAGUGUCUGAUAUUUUUGCCCAGCUCUGUUUUUAUCAAACCUGUGAAAAACAGUUGGUUCAUCGUUUUAAUUUUUUUCCCAUUUUGUAAGUAUUUCAUUAUUUUAUUCCACUUCUGUCUGAAGAAUUAGAUCUAAAAGAUUGAAUAAAACAAUGGUGGUAGAGGA